AUGAGCAACACCACCAUGGUACCCAGAGCCCCCCAGGCCAGCAGCGACUCCAUGGUGGGUUACGUGUUGGGGCCCUUCUUCCUCAUCACCCUGAUCGGAGUGGUGGUGGCUGUGGUAAUGUACAUGAAGAAGAAAAAGCAGGUGGACCGUCUGUGCCACCACCUACCCACCAUGUACAGCUACGACCCAGCUAAGGAGCUGCACAAGGCCGAGCAGGAGCUCCUCUCCGAUGUAGGGGACCCUGAAGUGGUCCACGGCUGGCAGAGCAGCUACCAGCACAAGCGGAUACUACUGCUGGACGUUAAGACCUGA